GCUAUCACUUGUGCAUCAGGUUCUGCGAAAUGCAACACCAUCUCUAAUUGCCUGCUUCCUACCAACAUACCCGUGAAUGAGUACACCGGCCUCUCAGCGGUCAAUGUCAAUGACUCUGAAGACUGGAGAGUCUAUUAUCACGACAACUAAGGUUUCAUCUCCCAACUACAAGGCAACUCGUCCGGAUUCGAUAUGGGGGAGCGGAUCGGUGGUUCGGGGUUGAAUGCUACCUCGAUCGCUGCAGUAAACAUCAACUCGACCACGAAUAAUAUCAACCUGUUCUACGUUGACAGCCUUUCGGAGAAUCUAUAUAACAUGCAAUUCACUAAUGGUGCAUGGACUACUCCACUACCUGUGGCACAUAGGAGCUUCGACGCCUGGAACCCAUUCGCUGGUCUCGGCGCUGCGUACAGUGUGGGACUAGACCAGCUGCAGGUCUUCUUCACCGGCCUCGACCAGAGAAUCUACCAAUACAUCGGGUCCAACGCUUCUCAGACAACGAGCACUUCCUGGUCACAACAGCCUAGCAGCCAACGCCUUUGGUCAAAUGCUGAUUAUGUCGGCGCCGAUAUCACGGCUGUAGGAUGGAAGAACCAAAUCAGAUUCUUCCAGAUAUCUCAGGGGAAAAUGGCCCAGGGCACACUCAACAAUCAAACAUGGUCUGAGACUUUUGUUGCUUGAAUAAGAAGGCAUAUUCAAAGCCCUGUCGGAAGGAGGAAGUGAAGUAUAGAGUUAUAUUUAAGUCAAUUUAAGGUAAAUAAUAUAUAUAUGAGUUAUGAAGAGGGUGGGCGUCUGUUACGAUGGCCAGAUCUCACGGUGAGUAUAUAAUAG